AUGGUAAUUGCACCUACCAUUGACAAAUGUAUCAACCCAUGUGCAGCUGCUAUUGUUGAAGAAGAGGAGCCACCAUACUUGCCUAUAAAUAGGCAUGUCUUGUGGAGAGCAAAUCUUCCUUCUAAUCUGUUUGAAGGUGUUGUUUCUGAAGAUUCCUUUGCGAAUCUCACAAAAUCGAGGGAGCUUGAUGCAACUAGAAACCAACUAACAUUAAACGUUAACUCGAAAAUUCCUGGUACCAUUCCCAAUUGGUUUUGGAAUUUGUCUUACCAAUGUAUUCAUUUAAAUUUCUCUCACAACCAAAUCCGCGGAACAAUUGUACCAGCUGGGGUUGCUUUUGAGUUUGUCAAGGGUUCCACUCUCAUUGACCUAAGUUCGGAUCGCAUCGAAGGUCCAUUACCUCGUGUUCCCUCUAAUGUUGCUGCACUAGAUCUUCCAACAAUUCUCUAUCAGUGGCAAAAUUUAGUUGCAGUAAACCUAGGCAACAACAGGCUUACAGGUGAUAUUCCAAAUUCUAUUGGAACUUUACGGUUUCUUCAAUCCUUGCACCUUGAGAACAACAGCAUCUCUCGACAAAUACCUGUGUCACUUGAAAAUUGUACAAACUUGGAGUUUCUUCACUUGGCUGAAAAUCAUUUAGCAGGAAAUAUUCCAACAUGGAUUGGAGAAAGUCUUUCUAAGAUGAAGGUUAUUAUCCUCCGUUCAAAUAACUUCAAUGGUUCCAUCCCUGAAGAAAUCUGCAGACUAGCUUCUUUACAAAUCUUAGACCUUGCUCACAACAAGCUCUCCGAAAACAUACCGAGAUGCAUUAGUAACUUCAGUGCCAUGACUACAAUGAGUGAACAUUCAUCCAACGGCAUAUCAUAUAGUAUAUCGACGGGGGGCUUUUAUGAGAAUGCUGCGCUUGUGAUGAAAAGAAAAAUAGUCAAAUAUGGCACCAUUCUGAAUAUUGUAAGAAGCAUGGACCUUUCCAGCAAUAAUUUAUCUGGAGAAAUUCCAGAAGAAGUGACGAGCCUUAUAAUAUUGCAGUCAUUGAAUUUGUCACACAAUCAUUUCCAUAGAAUAAUCCCUGAGAAUAUCGGUGGUAUGGGAUCACUAGAAUCUCUAGAUUUUUCUGUGAACCAACUUGUAGGUGAAAUCCCAUCAAGCACGUCAAGAUUGACAUCUUUGAAUUACUUGAACCUCUCCUACAAAAACUUGAAAGGAAAAAUUCCUUCAAGCACUCAAUUACAGAGCUUUGAUGCAUCCAGUUUUCUUGGCAACGCACUUUGGGGAGCCCCACUAGAAGAGAACUGCACUGUCGUUAAUGAAACAUCUGCGAAAGAAGGUGGAGAAGGACAAGGGAACAAGGAGUUGAGUGGGGUGUAUGUGAGCAUGGAACUUGGAUUUGUGUCUUCCAUCCCCACAGAACUCUGCAAUCUAGCUAAUUUACGAAUCUUGGAUCUUUCUCGCAAUAUGCUCCGUGGAAGCAUACCAAUUUAUGCUCAUAACUUUUAUGAUAAUGCAUUGCUUGUGUCGAAAGGAAACACGGUAGCUUAUGGCAGCAUUCUGAAUAUUGUAAGAAGCGUAGACCUUUCUAGCAAUAAUUUGUCAGGGGAAGUCCCAGAAGAAGUGGCGCGCCUGAUAGCCUUGCAAUCAUUGAAUUUGUCACACAAUCAUUUCACUGAAAGGAUCCCCAAGAAAAUCGGUGCUGUGGGAUCACUGGAAUCUCUCGAUUUUUCUGUCAAUCAACUUGUUGGAGAAACCCCCCCAAGCAUGUCCAGGUUGACAUUUUCUAUUUGGUUUUUCUGUGAGCUUUUCGGCAGUGUUGGGCUCCUUGGGGAUCAAAAAGAGAUGGAGGCACUUGCACUUUCAGUUUUCGGACCACGUGAGGUACAAAUCUGA